CCUUCGGGGCAUUAUUUCCUGGAGUGUUAAUCGAGCAUUUCUUUUGUUCUCUUUGAAAUCCCGAAAGAUCUGAAAGAAAUCUUAUAAUUGCUCUUGCAUAAUUUGAAAAACUCUUUUUCUUUCCAUCGCAUAUUUGGUUUCUUUCGGUGCACUAUUGGGGUAACCAAUUAAUUUUUCCUCAGUCAAGCGUGGUUUUCAUCAAGUUAUACAAAAAAACUGUCCCCUCAGGUGAGUUUCUUUCAUCUAUCAUUUUCACAUCAUCGAGUUAAACUGAAAAUCAUCUAAUAUUCAUGAGUCCAAAUCAAUCAAAAUUGCCGGGGCAACAAGAAAUGAUUUUCACAGCAGCUUGUUGGAACAUCCGGUAGUAGAAUAGCCGCUAAGGAAGCUACACAGUUCCUUCCGAAAACGAAGAUUCCACAAACAAACAUCGACAUUUGUUUUGAUCAAUUUGCAGUUCUAUUUAGCAUUAAUGAAAAAUUGUAACAUUCGCUCCAACAGCUUCAAAACUUCCAAAAACAUCACUUCUAAAACUACCAAUUAUAUCCUGUUUUAUACAAUUUGCCUAACUUUAAAAAGGAGACUAUUUUUUGAAGCUUGAGCUUCAGUGGAAUUCAUUUAAUGGAAUCCAUUAUGCUUUCAACGUCACCAUCGUUAAAAAUGAUUUAAACAUCUCGGUUUUGAUCGUUAAUUCUAAAUAAAUUAUGGCCCCAAGGCUCAAUAUUUGAGGUCUAAUUAGAAAAAAGUUUUCAUCAAGCCGCGCUGUUUUGUCUUUUCAGAGGAAAAGUUAUAAAUUAUCAAGCUAAUUUUUGAAGGAAAAGUGGCUUCAAAAACAGGACUUGCUGUUUUACUGUUUUUAUUAAGGAACAAAUUAUAGCAGUUCUCCUUCAAUUUACAAUCUGCCUCAGUUGGCGAAAAAGGUUUGAAAAAAGGCAGGAAAAAACAGCAGCAAAUACCUUUAAUUCACUUUUUAUCCAUCCUUUGCUAUUCGCCGACUUGCGACAAUUAUUUCCUUUCCAACAAAUUAUCCUUCUUUUUUCAAACUGUGAUUAACUCUGCUAAUUUAUUUGAUAAAAUUUAUCACCAAUAUGGCAAAUAGUUCGACAUUGGUCAAUAAUAGUCAAGAUAAUUCAACGGUUUAUUAUUACGAUUAUACCAUGGAUAAACCUCCUCCUAAAACCCUGGCGAUUUCCGCUCUUCUGGCGUUUCUGGGAUCAAUCGGCAAUAUUGUUGUUUUGCUGGUUUACAGCAAAAAGGAGAGGAAAUCAUCGACCGAUUCUUUGAUAAUCGUUCUGGCAGCAAAUGACUUAGUGGCGUGUUUGACAGUGAUUCCGAUGGACAUCUUCAUCUGGAUGGACCCGGACAUGAACAACAUCCCCUGUGCCCUCUACUUCUUCCUGUUCCACUGCACCUACUUCACCACCCUCUUCAUCCUCAUCUCAAUCGCCCUGGAGAGAUACCUUCUCAUCUGCUACCUCUACGAGAUCAACACACAACUCAUCAAAAUCAAAAACGCCAUCAUACUGCUGUUAUGUGUCUCCGUCGCGCUUAGUGGAAUGAGUGUCUGUUUCUGCAUCGAGAAAGAAGAAGCGCACAAUCAUGAUGACGUAAUCUAUCCCGAAGGAGAAGGGGAAGAGGGAGCUGCAGAGAGAGUAGCGGGCGGGGGAGGGGCUAGAUUGACCUGGUGGGAGGAGGUGAUUGGCUGGGUGGCUAUUGUCCCCGACUACGCGACGUUUGUGCUGCUUCCGACUGCUGUGAUUGCACUUUCAAUCAUGUACACGAUGAUCUUCCGUCGGAUUGUGAAGCAGGAUGAGUUCAGAGCCCAACUGCAGGAGAACACAGCCACUGUAUGCACACCUAUCAGACAGCAAUCAACUUCAGUUUUCAACCAAGAGACGAAACUUGGAGACGACGCGACGUGCAGUAGCCACCCGCUUCCUCAACCAACGUCAUCGUCACCAUUCGCGUCCGGGGUCAAAAGAGGCUCAUCUCUAUGUUCAUCAAAGACCAAUAAGAGACACAGCGGAGUGAAAAAAGACUCACUCAAAGUGAUCAAAGGUCGAAAAUCACUACCCGAUUAUCCAAAGAAAGCCCCGAGCAAACGUACCAAGUCGGCAAACCCAGCAGUUGACGCUACCACAAUCACAAUCACUCACCAUCAAAACGAAUCGCAGCUUUCUGGGGGCCAAGUGGGAGACGAGACCGAAAAGUCAAUCGAAUUAGCCGAACACCGAAGUAGUUUGGGUCGCAUAUACGCCAAUAAACGAGAAUCUCUCGUUACCGAAGAGCAUUUCGGGGGAGCUCAAAACUCCCCUCGGGCUUUACUGACUCCUCGGCCGAAGAACUCGGUCGUCUUUAACCAAUUAUUGAGCGCUUCGGACCAAGAUGUCAGCUGCGCGAGUUCUAACAUGCAAGUUGACUAUUUGGCGGUUGAGCGUGCACGUAAGCGAAAGAAUACUCAGCAGAAACAGAAAAAAGUGGCAUUAAUGUUUUGCAUGAUUGCUCUUGUGUUUCUCGUCGGAAACUCCGGGAACUUUGUUCUGCUUACUGGUAGACUGUUCGAUGCUCUGCCGACGACAUUUUUCCAGAGCGAUAAUAAUUCGAUGAAUUCGUUGUUUACAGUUGCGCAUCACCUGCCCUAUGCAAUGAACCCAAUCAUAUACGCAAUUAUGUCACCCAAGUUCAGAGACGAAUUUCGAGAGCAAACAAAAAAUUGUCCAUUCUAUAAAAUGCAGUCUACCGCCGUGUAAAUUUGCAAAAACUUCCUUAACAAAAAUAACGAAGAGUUGCAAAAAAAUUCAUAUGCAUUUCGAAUAUUACGAAGUUAAAGCAGCUCGCACUUUUUCAAGGCUCCUUUAUAUUUCUUAAAUCCGCUAAAAAAACGUUGAAAAAAUGUUUACGCGCUGCUAUGAUUUCGAUCAAUUUAUAUUAUCAUACCCAAAAUUCAUCGCUAGGAAAAUUUUUAUUGGUUCUAGAUGGAAUGGAAUAAGAUGUAUUUCGAUGAUUGAAUGUUGGCUAACAAGAAAACAGACGUCAAGCUAUUUAGACACAGCGUAUG